AUGGGCCCAGGUAGAGGAUCUCGUCCGCUUAGCGAUGGAGCUCAGGGAGGAGGCAAGCAGGCUGAGGGCCAUCAGGGAAUGAGGCAGAGGGAUAGCGGCUUGGAGUCGCACACAGCCUCCUGUGAUAGAAACCAGGCAGGCGGAACCCCUGCUACAGACAACUCCCUGUCCUCUCUCCACCUGACUGAAUGUGGUAACUUGGAGGACAAUGGCAAGAAGUUCCUGCCCGGCGCAACAGGCGCCGCAGUCGUGACUGCCCAGCGACUACCCCACCUUGCCAGAUGCCACUGUGUAACAGGUAAUCCUCUAUACCUAGGAAGGGAAAGGGAGUAUGACUGCUCGGAAACUUUCCUGAGCAGCCCGGUGCGGGAGGAUCGCAGCAGCGUCAGAGGGCGGAGGGCGGGAGAGGAGGGGAACCGCCUGCGGGGGGCCGCGAAGCAGGGGGCGGACGGCGGCGGCUUCGCCGGGGUACGCGACACAGCCGGGGGCGCACGGCACGACCCGGAGGGGGGGCGGGGGGGGGGGCUGCUGGAUUGCGCGGCACCCGCUCCUCCUCCUCCUCCUCCUCCUCCUUCUCCACCCGCAAUCCAGCGAGCCACAGCGGCGGUAUCGACCGGACAGGUUUCCCCGGAGCUGUCUCUCCCAGCCGGCGCCUGCCUGCUCGCCCGGCCGUGGCCCCCUCAUCCUCCCCGGUCCUGGCCGGGGCUCGCUGACUGUCCCCGGCGGGGAAAGGCGGCGUCGAGAGCCCUUGCGCGGGGAACCGGCUUCUCGGACCGAGGCGGGGAGGAGGACAUCGCGGUGAUAAACAGUUGCGGGGUGGUGGCAGAGGAAUGGGCGGAAAUGUUCCUGCUGAUCACCCGUGCCCCCCUCCCUGCUCUCGGUUUCUUGCUAGCCCUAAUGGUGACCUAGGCUUAAAUUGUUCUGUGGCUGCUUCACACCAAAGGUAGCUUAAAUCAGACAAGAAGAAUUUUGAGUCUGACCAACCCGACCCUCCCAAUAAACGAGAAGAGGUUGACUUCACUAGGCUUUGGCUCAGACCCUUCACAAUUAGGUUCAAGUUUCAUUUCAUAGCAUCCACAGGUGCAGUGGACAUAGUCUGAUCUUUAUCUCACUGUGCUCCCUUUCCCACCCUGCCAACUUCUUUAAUCUAGAGAGCAGUACAACUUUGUUUCCUCAACUAGUAUCACCUUUUCUGGUCCUUUCCCACUUUAAAUGUAAUAAACAUCUUCUGGUAUUAUUCACUUGUGUAUAUAUGUCCAAUACCUAAACAUUAAAAAGAGUUACCCUGCAGUAACAACACAGAUCUUCCACUGUGGUCAAUUCCAAGACCUAAUUGCCACCACAGUUCCAUUUUAGUCCUAAAAAUAGUCCUGCAGCAGAGGUAAAGUGUUGUAGAGAACUAUGAUGCCUUUUGUUCAGUAGUGUUAAUAACCUAUGGCCUCAGAAUAUAAUAUUACAAAAUCUCAUCAUAGGGCAGAAUAAUGAAAUUGUAAACAAUGGAACAAACUGCACGUGAAUGGGGCAGAGACUUAUACCACCCACUGAAAAUGCUAAAUCCAAACUUGGGACCCAGUCUUAACUGAGGAGCUGCACAGCAUCCUGUGCGAGGGGAGAGGCACAUCAAGUCUUCCUAUCCUAAAAGCCUUGUGGCCCUGAAUUACAGGCCAUUAGAUUCCUUUGUCCUGUAAAUCUGCAUUAAAUAGCAGUGUAUAUCUGUGUUGGUAAAUACACAUUUUAACAGCAUAUCCCAUAACGUAUUUUUUUUUAACUUCAUAUAAUCAGCCUUUUGACCCUUUUUCUUCCAGAACCUGCUGCACGCUUCUCUUUAGCUACUGAAAAAUGUAUGUAAUUUAUUAAGUCAGUUCAGCAGUUACCCUUAGUUUGCAACAGGCAAACCUAUUAUACAAACAAUACUGUCACGUUCUUAAGUGCCUUCCUUCUCCUCGUUAUAAUGAAUUCUCUGCAUGCUACUCUGCUGUAAAUUCUCCAUCUAAAAAUUCCAUUCACUGCAUGUUUUGUCAGGGGAAACUGUACUUGACCUUUGAAGCAGUUGGGAGGAGCAAAAUGAUAACCUACUAAAGUGCCUUGCCCUUAACCGAAAUUAUGGCGAAAUAAUUAAAGUCAGAGCAAAAAGGCUUAAACUUUGGGCUCCUUAUGUUCUUAGUGUUUUUGCUUCUGUGAGUUUUUUUUAGAAGUCCAAUUUGAAUUUCAAAUUUGCAUAUUCAGCUAGAAAACAUAGGGAAUGCUUAAUUGCCCAUGUCCAGUGUUCAUAUUUUGCUUUGAAAACAACGUGUCACAUAUUUCUGGGUUUCGUUUCCAGUUACUAUUUGCAUCCAUAAAUUGAACUGCAUAUCUAAACAAGUCCUGUAUUUGCUCAUUAUAGAAACAAAUAUGCUGUAUUUAGAAUUUUGCUUUAUACACAUAUCAGAGAAACAUGGAAUCACCAAACAGCCCAGGUUUGGAAGGGACUUCAAAAGAUCAGUUGGUCCAAGCUUUCGUGGGGAAGGGAGCCUAGAUUAAAUUAUCUAGCACCUUGUCCAGUCACAUCCAUCAAUGGAGACUUUUGGGAGGUUGUUCUAGUGAAUGAUUGUUCUUACUUUAAAAAAAAUUCUUUCUUGUGUUGAGAUUAAACUUCUCCCACUGCAGCUUGUACCUGUUGCCCCUUGUCUUCUCCAUGUAGUUCCUUGUGAAGAGGAACUUCAAGAACUGCUUCUUUCUUGAA